GACUUGAAGAAAAUUAAAAAGUCUGCAUCAAUGUUGAACUUGUUUAGCCCGAGGAGGCUACCUUGGAUAUCUGGUACAGAUGGUCAGAAAAAGGUAGUUUUAACUGCUGUAGAAGUAGAAUCUCUUCGGUCAGAAAUUGCUGCUUUAGAAGAAAGAGAAGCUCAUUUAAAAGCUCAAUUAGAACAUAUUGAUGAAAUACUGCAGUCUGCUUGCAUGUCGGGUUAUUUAUACGUGAGAACGAGAUGGGCGGCUUUACCAGGAGAACCUCUUCCAAUCGAUGAUGACACUGAAGUUGAUGAUUGGCUUCCUAGAUUUCUUGUCCUUCACGGAUCGUGUAUUUUCUUGUAUAAAUCAUCCACUGAUAUGAGCCCUCAAGACUCAACUCUCCUAUCUGAUGUUGUUGAAGUUGGAGCCAUGCCUUGUCUGACACGAGACGACGGUGAUACUCGAUAUUGUUUUUUUAUCUCAACUCGUAAUGGGCUGAGAUAUGAAUGCUCUAGUGCUUCUAAAAUAAAGGUUGAUUCCUGGUUAGCGUCAUUACAGAAUAAUUGUGAUCUGCAAUCUAAUGGCACCGCGCCUGAUGAGAGAUCUGCAUCACGAGCAGCUAAAUCACUCAUCUCUAAGCACACUUCUCGUGCUUUCUCUGGGGGGCGAGCAGCUGCUGCAGCAGCCACAGUUUCUUUGAGAGGAGUGGUUCCUUCUCUAGCUUCAUAUGGCAGGACUGAAUCUGGAAACACUUCUAGAGCUUGGAUUUCUGGUGUCCUUGCCCUUCCUGCAGCAGCUUACAUGCUUCAGGAGCAAGAAGCACAUGCUGCUGAGAUGGAGCGCACCUUUAUUGCCAUCAAGCCAGAUGGAGUGCAGAGGGGCCUGAUUUCGGAAAUCGUAUCACGCUUCGAGCGCAAGGGCUUCAAGCUGGUUGCAAUCAAAGUUGUGAUUCCUUCCAAGGAAUUUGCACAGAAGCACUAUCAUGACUUGAGUGAGAGACCAUUCUUUAACGGCCUGUGUGAUUUCCUUAGCUCUGGCCCUGUCUUAGCAAUGGUUUGGGAAGGUGAAGGAGUAAUCAGAUACGGAAGAAAGCUUAUUGGAGCUACGGAUCCACAGAAAUCUGAACCUGGAACCAUCAGAGGUGACUUAGCUGUUGUAGUUGGAAGGAACAUCAUCCAUGGUAGCGAUGGCCCUGAGACCGCGAAGGAUGAAAUCAACCUAUGGUUUAAACCAGAAGAGUUGGUUAAGUACACAAGUAAUUCAGAGAAGUGGGUAUAUGGUGAUAACUAAGCGAACGUAUUCUGCCUU